GAUAAUCGAAAUAGUAAAAAAUUGUAUUGGCUCAAAUUUGACUGAAAUGUAAAAUAUAUGAAAGAUUUACAUUGAUAGAAUUGGUCUUGGCGCCUUCUGCGAUUUUAAAAUCACGUUUUUCAAGGUCGCUCCAAAGUGAGCGUUUGUUUGACUACCGCGUCAUAUUGUUCAGAUCAUGGAGGCUGUAAAUAUGUAGGUGUUUGCUGUAUGGACGAUAAAAUUUGUUUUUCUCGCUUGUAAAAAUCAAAUCGCCAUCGUCAAACUUUAUUAUGGAUUCCGAGUUGCGAAACCUUCGUUAAGAUUCGGCGGCCCAGGUAUCGUGCACCGAGCGGAAAAUGUCCAGACACAAAAUGCGAGAGCGACUCACCAACACUUGAGGAGCGCACAAUGACAGAACCGGUCAAGAAGCGCGCGCGCGUGCACCCGGGAGUCGACGUGGUCAACCAGCCGCAGGAGGACCGCGAACUGGUGGCCCUGCAGGAGCUGCUGCUGAGCCAGUGUCUGUGCUCGCUGCCCGAGGUGCUCGAUGAGGUCGGCUGGCUCGAGCGGCGGAUCCUUCCUCAGGGUGCGUGCACGGCUUGGACUCGUGACCAGGCGUUGCUGUUCGUCAGCACGCUGCAGCUGCUGUGCGAGACCUCGUACAAGCAGCUGUCCUCUCAGGGCAUUCAGUGUCGUCGGCUGGCCAGAAUGUGUGACGCCGUCGUCACGUGCAAUUACAGACUGAUCGAGUUGCUGAUCAGCGACGAGUUGUGUGGCGGUUGCGACCCUUAUGUCCGAUUCGCCAGCGGACGGGCCCUGCCGGCGCUGCUGGUGGCGUCCAGGCAGCGCAUCGACCCUAUGUGGCUUGAGACGCUGGCUGACGCCGCCCUUGUGCCUUCGCCCCUCACCGCCACCUUCGCCCUCGACGUCUUCCGCAGGGUGCUCGAGUGGCGGGACGUUGACUGCCAUCCCACCGAAGACGCGUCCGGAGCGUCCACGUCGUCCUCGGUUAACUCCUACGCAUCACCUGUUGGCUCCUGCAAUCAGGUUCCAGAUCCUGAAGGGGCUGACUCACAAGCGGCCAAGUGCGCGUGCAUCCACGCGCUGGAGUCUCGUUGGACGCUGCUGGUGAACCACUACGACAGCUUGAUGGCUAGUUACGCGAGCGCCAACGAGGCGGCGAUCACGACGUUUGUGGCGCUGUGGGAGGCGAUCAUCUCAGUGAAGGCGAACUUGUCUGUGGUGGACACGAAGCCGUUUUACUCGCACCUUGACGGUUUCGUCGUGCUGCUGGGCCCCAAUCUACCUCCGCUGCUGUGGAAGCGCCUCCUUGGACUCUUCAAUGAGGUGAUGUGCUACGGCAGCACCCUGGCCCUGCAGGACACGAUCGCCGAGGAGCCGUGCGCGUUGGCGCACCUUGUCGUGCGCAGCGUCAAGGACUGGCACCUGCUGGACGCGCUACCCUUCCGCUCCGGCAACGGUGGCUUCGGCGGAAGGCAUGGUGGUUCCUCUGAGGAGGGUGACCGACCGUUGCUGCAGAAGAUGUGCCUGCUGGUGCUCAAGAGCGUCGCUGUCACCGUCAAGGAGACACGCUCCGAUUCAAGCAGUAGCGACGCCUCCUCCAGCUCUGGCGGCGGCGGCAACGGCGGCUCGUCCGAAGAGGAGGCGGCCGCCGCUGCUGAUGACAUGGCCGUCAUCGCGCGCAGCAUCGCUGAAGUGCUCCGCAGGUUGGACGCGUGCGUCAAGUCUCUGAUGCCAUUCCACCCUGAGACGCCGCUAGCACAGUGGGUGGUGCAGCUGUUCUCGGACCAAGACGAUGCUCUUGUCGAGGGCAUGGUCUGCUGCCUGGACGUCGAGGUGGGUCUCUCGGUGGCCUUGACGUCCAGCCUGGUGUCCAACACGCUCAGGACAGCGUUGUCGCCGACGCAGACGUUCGCGCAGUUUCUGCGAACGGUAUCGCACGACCACGAGGUGCUGCUCGAUCUGCUUGUGUCCAACGAGACGUGCUUUCUGCUCUACCUGCUGCGCUUCCUCAAGUACGCGCGCAGGCAGUGGUCCGACUUUGUGGCCGCCUGCGACCGAGAGCUCGAGAACAUCAUGACUGUACUCAUUAGGCUAAGGAUUUCGAUCAACCGCUUGGUGUCGAAAGCUCUGUUCCCGUACAACAUCAAACCAGUGCUGAGACUGUUGGAGAAGUGCGAGCGAAUGUACGAGGACGGAGACUUCCAUUAGCAGUGUGGUGCAUUUGGUUCCAAAUCAAAAACGUGAUUCGCCGACCUCGACACGAUACUGCGCAUAUCUGUAUUACCAUGAAUUGAUGAAAAUCAAACCAGCUUUGUGCGUGAAAGUCUGAAAGAAUGUGGGAAUGACCCUCGGAGGGAGGUUUUUUUUCAAAGCUAACAUUUUCGUUCUCUCCCUCCCAAAUGUUGUAUUUUCCUUUUAAAUAACUUCAUUUGCCCGCCGGCGAAUAUAAAAUGACACUUAAUAUUUGUAAUUGACCCUAUUUAUUUAAUGAAUCUCUGUAUAUUUUCUACGAACCGACAUUAUGCAAUACGAGUCUUCCAGUGCAAGGGGUGAUAGCAUUUGUAUAUUGAUCACAAUGAUUAUUUAUGACCAUCUGUCAGAAGCGGAGGCUGCUUCUCAUAGAGAAGAGCAUAACGGAGCGAAUUUUAUAUAAUCUGUUGCCUCAAAGCAGUACAAAUGAAACGAGUUGUGCAUUUUUUAAUUUGAAAAUUUUUACGUAACGAAAGAAAAGCUACCAGGGUGUUUGCGGAACUAAUUACCUUAUUAAUGAAUAGAACGUGCCUUAAUUCUGAAUAUGUGAUGUACGCGCCCUGGAUUUUUAACUGUCUUGGUUCUAGGCAAAUUGUUGCUUGUGCUAUGGCAUUAUAAUUUUAUUCAAAAUAUAUAUUUUGUAAUUUAAA